GCGCGCACCAGUGGCCGCGUUUUCGUUUGGUAGCCCGCGGACUUAUCUGCCACCGUCCUUUGGCGAUUUGAUGCAUGUAGAAUGGUACUCUUGUGUGGCCCCUGCAGGCAGAUGCUGGCUUCUCACUGGCGUCAUUUGUGGAAUGUACUUUUUGUGAAUUCAGUCGCCGGUCACCGGAUCCAAAAAAUCGAUGUCAGGGCCGUGUUUUCACCUAGGCGGUGGUGGAUCUGUGUAUCACUCGUGUGACAUCAAAUAGCACAACGUUUGCUGCCGAUCGUGGUUACGUUUGUAUUGAUCCGGUCGUCAGAUGAAUGAUAUAGUUGAGGAGCUGGGUUUCUCCAAUGAGUACGAACGUUCUGUGUUUGUACUAUCACCGCAACAGUCUUCUUCUGCGUUCGGUAUACCCGGUAUGCAGGAGAUUUUCAGCAAAGUUCCGUUACACUCACACACGUCUCCCAUCCUGACUGGCACCCUGAACCGGUGUGGAGAUGGGAUCGAGGCCACCUGUUCUCAUAGCGCCUACAGCACCGACACAACACCUAGUUCACACUACUCCGAUUCAUUCCACCAUGGUAACGGGCACGUUAACCUGGACAACUCGUUUGAGACCUCGUCUUCUUCCGCGAUGGAUUUGGCCGACUUCCCAUCUACUCUCAUUUCAGGCCCAUUCAGCGACUUCAACUCGUUUUCUUGUGAUCCGACCACCUCUUGUGAGUCCAGUCCAUCUGAUAUUCAGUUACACGACGAGAACCGGGUUGUCAGUACUGUUGACUGCACUGACCCAGAUACGUCGCUUCCACUGCAAGAAGAUGAGGAGACAGAUAUUGUUCCGAAUGAACUUGUACAAUUCGUUAGUGAGUCUACAUUAAGGAUUGCGGGUGAGAUGGCGGACGCAGUUUCCGUUACCGAUUCGGAUAUGGAUGACCUUGAUCACGAAGCUCGACUGACUUCACUUUGUUUGCCGAUACUACAGCCCCCCUCGUUGGUGUCUUCACAAAUGUCAGAUAACAUGCGGCCGCCAUCUUUAUCACCUGAGCCUACUGUAAACAGCACGGAUGAUUUUGUAGACUCUGACUUCGCGAAAAGCUAUUUCUCUCCCCCAUCCAAAGUUGUUGACGAAAUGUACGCGUCAUCGACCAAGCCACACGACUCGACGCCUCUCUACUCUGUUGUGCAAUCUCCGCCUCCCAUGUCCUCAGCGUCGCAUGUAGAUUGUUCGACCACGUUAUUGUUACCCGAUUCUGCUCCUGUUGACAGCUUUUCAGCUUCGCCAAGUUCGUUUGAAAAACAGACUCGCCGGUUAUCCGACUCACUUCACUCCACUAAGACAGUAUUGCACCACGAGUCUGAUCUUCGUUUGAUGAAGAAUGCACUUAUAUCUACUGGGUGUAUUUCUCCACAUCUCCAAACCCCUGUGGUCAGCCGAAAAAUAGACGUUCUUACGCCAACUAACCAGAUUCUUCGUUUCUCGGAUGGUACCGCCCAAGCGACGGACGGGUUUUCAUCCUGUUCAGAGAACCCAUCGUCUGUGGGGCAGUUUGACUCAAUGAUUGAACAGUAUCGUCUUCCCACCAUACCCCUGUCUCAUCAAAGUCUUCCCGUUCCACAAAACCAGUCAGCAUCUUCAAUCUUGUCCGUUCGGAGUCUUACUGUCCCAUUUGAAAAUCCUGCCCAGGUUGGUGCUUUGUGUCUUUCAAGCAGCUCGCGUUUACAGAUUUAAAUUUCACUCGCUGGUCACGACUCUAGAUUGGCCCGUCGAGUAUGUCUCCUAAACAGCACACAGCGACCUGACACUGAAUCCGUGCAUUCUUUGCAUAACAACAGAGCAGUACAUACUUCUGCUGAGCCCGUGAACGGCACACAGCGUGAGGCAUCUCCCAUCCCAACGGGAGCAGCAGUUUCGGGAACUGCGCUUCCUCCACUUCAGUCAGUGAUUGUGUGUACUAAAGACACCUUCAACUUAUCUGACCCCUCGCCGGUGCAACUGAAUACCCCUGCCAGUACUCACCAGCAGUGUCUUGUGCCGGCGGAUGUCUGUUCAGUUUCUAGUGUGACCAAGGCUCCAGCGCCCUCUAACGUGCCCGGAACUUGCCUCCAGAAUAUCAAGUCCCUUUCAAAUGGUGGGGGCCAAAUUUUCUCACUUCCACAUUCAGCUGUAAUGCCCUCAGACCUGUCCAAUAGUUCGAUGUCUUCAUCCGGAACUCGGCCGAUUUCAGUAAUAAUACCUCUUCCAAACAGAACUACCAACCAGGGGCUACCUCAACAACCGUCGGCUCCAGCGGCAAACUGUACCGCAGGUCACCUUACUCUACAACUUUUGAAUUCUCUACCUGCUCUCCGUCCAGGCAUGUCUAUUUUACUGAAUUUAAAGAACCAGACGGCUAGUGCUCUAUUUGGUAACACGAGUAGUAUUGCUAACGUAAGCUCACACACGAACAUCGCUUCCUCAACCGGAUCCCAAAACCCAAUAGUUUUGCUUCCGGAAUUAGGAAGCUCGGAUGCGCCUAAGUCUACCGUCCCUAAUUCGCUAAACCCUCCGCCGCCCUUUCAGCACCGACUGGAGGUUGCAUCUUCUACUGCACCUACUUCCUUGGUUGUCGUUCCAAGUAUUCCCUCAUAUCUUGCCCCUUCAGCUGUGAACAAUGGUGUUUAUCCUGUCUCAACAAACAAUGGACUUUCUGCAUCUCCUCAACCUUUUUCCCUUCCUAUGUCUACUCACUUAUUUCUUCUACGAUCCCCGAAAGUGAUUGUUAAACCAGAAUCUCCGACUGUGGGUAUUGGCUCCACUCCACAAUCUGGAGUGACGUUAGUUCUGUCACCGAAUGCAGUACAGAAGCCCCUUUCAGACCCUACCAAUCUUUUUUUUAUCCCUUCUAUGAUACCCAGUUCUAUUGGUAUGCCUGAAACACCACUAUGGUUUCCUCCUUCCAAUUCUGUGAACAUCCAAUCAUCCCAAUGUAACGCGAAUUCAGUCGCUACUAACCCAUCUCUUUUAACCGCUUUUGGGCGCCAAGGCAUUGAACCAUUGAUUAGUUCGAACAGCUUGACGUCUAUGGCUUAUGUCCAGCAAGAAGUUGGUCAGUCGUGCACGCAGCAGGUUGCACACUCCUUACCUCCGCUACUAACUCACCCUGUUUCCCUAAAUCAGAACAAUCUUCCUUUGUCAGCUCUUCCAGAAGUUACACUACCAUCUAUUGUGAUGCAAUUACCGUGGUCCCCUGUUGUCAACAAUCCAUCCAAUCACCUUCAAGCAAAUACACAAACCUUUUUGACUCAGUUAACCACACUCGCCUCUUCACUUUCAUCUUCAUCUUGUCUGUCGUUUUACUCUACUAUGCCUCCUCGGCCGACGAAAACAAAUUUCAUGGCUCCAGAAGUCACUCAGUCUGUGUCUGCUUUUUCGCCGUGUAAUUCUGCCCUAGUAUCCCUCUUAAGCCCUUCUGUUUCAUCAAGUGAUGUGACUACUGAGGCCACUUUGCCGGUGGUUGCACGUACUGACACGGAGAACGUAAAAGUUGGUGAUACGCAAACUUCAAAACAACCCAUUGUUCUACCAUCUGCGGAUAAUUUACUUUCCUCUAGACCUUGUGCUGUGCCCUUAGCAUCUUUGAAGAAUCCUGUUGCCACUUCGGUACAACCCGUUGGCUCCCAGGAUAGUAGGCUAGCACAACUAGUAACGUCAGCUACUUCCAGCAGCUCGUCAACACUGGUAUCGCAGGCUCCGGCGAUCAAUCUAGCUGAUGCAACUGUCACGACGAAAAGCACUUCUUCUUCGAAUUCGAACUCCAGUCGCAGACGGCAUCAGUGUCCUUAUUGUCCUAAAUCUUGCGAAAGGAAAGACAAUCUACAGGCUCACAUUCGUACUCACACCGGAGAAAGACCGUACCCUUGCAGAUAUUGUCCCAAAGCCUUCCCACAAAAGGAUCAUUUACGCGCUCAUAUUCGCACACAUACUGGUGAAAAGCCAUAUCGUUGUCCUCAGUGUAUGAAGGCGUUCGCUCAGUUAGGGAACUUACAUCGGCAUGUGAAGACUCACAGACGAUGACUUGAUAUUACCUGGGUCACGGCCGAUCCAGGGCUGUCAACCGCAUUUCUCAUCGCUGCUGGUCAAUCCAACCGGAAAUUCAUGUUUGGUCAACUCAGCUUUUUCAGGCCUUGUAUGGCUUUGUCUAAUAUAACGAAAUCAACCAUCGACAGACCAGACCGAGGACCCCUUCUCUGUGGUUGUGUACCAAUAACGACCCCUCCCUGUUUCUUACUUCAGUUCCUUCAGUCUCAGACUCAACUAAUUGACCGAUCCCCAUUUGCAUCUCUUGAUCGGAUCAGUCGGAUUUAACCUUCGUUUAUCGUUUCAACAACUGAUUUGAUACUAUGGGGACGUGCUCAGUAAUGACUAAACGACAGUUCUUUUUUCUGCUCUGUCGAUUUUAUUUAACAUGCGCAACUUUAUUUACUCUAUCCUUCCAUACCUACCCACCGUCAAGGCUGUGAAGUGUCUUCAUGUUUAUUCAUCAGUGCAAUUUCCCCAGUUCAUAUCUUCGCUUUCGUGCAGUUCCGGUUCUUUCAUACUUUCAACCGACCAUCAUGUGCUGACUGGGUCUGUUUUAUCGUUGUCAGCCUCCCGCGUCACCUCAAGACUAUGUAUAUAGCACAGUAUGUGUAUAUAGCACAUACCUGGGUCUCCAUGGAUGAUCAAGUGUUAUAGUCCCCUAACACGUUAACGCAACCGUCCCGUACUUAUCUAGUGUUUCGCUCAUCCCUCGAUAGUUAAUUAGAAGAGAAGCCUAUGUUUGACAAACCCCCCUCCUUAUCCCCAUACCACGAGUUGUAUGUUAUCCUCUAGUCCGUCGCGCCUAUUUUUUAUACUGUGGAAAUACUGUUAUUUCAUUGUGCAAUAGCACCUCAUUUAUCUUCUUCAUUCACAUUAUCUAUAUUCCGUUUGCUUUCCUGCAACACCGAAGAUGUAGAGCAUCACGUAAUGACCCUCCUUCGCUCUUUGACCCUAUCCAAUUAUUUCCUGUAUUAUUUUUUAUAUAAUUUCAGUCAGGCAGCCUCCGCAUGGUGCUUAACCUAGAGCUAGCUUCAUAGACACGCCGCGAUCAAUCGUUCUCUUUUACCGGGUUUGUCAAUGGCAUUUAUACAUAUUUAUACACCAAGUGGUCGGCUUCCUCCCUCAGUUUCAUUGCCUGUUCCGUCUCAGCAUGCCUCAUGUGAAUGUUACCUCAGCUUUCGGACUGUUGCCUCUCCUCUGUACCUCAUCUGAGCUGUCUUAUCUUGUAAUGACCAUACUGAGGUUUUCCUUAGGUCUACCCAAGCCCCCAACCUGUCCCUAUUAUUGACUUUCGUCCGUGUGAUGUUCCUUUUUCGUAAAUCGGAUCUCGCAUCUCC